AUGAAGAGUGACGCCAAAAAGGUAUCUAUGAUAAGUAACGCAGAUGAAAAAGACCUUCAGGUUGGGACCAUCACAGACCUCGAUGAGGGUGAAGUUUUCCUUCACGAAAAUGGGUUCACCCACGACGCUGUCCAGACUCUCUUGGAUGAUGCUCCGCGCAACAAGGCUCUAGUCCGAAAGGUAGAUAUGGUGCUCCUCCCACUUCUUGCAAAGACCUACAUGCUCCAGUAUAUUGACAAGUCGGCCUUGGUAUACUCCGCCGUGUUUGAUCUAUUGACAUCGACCCACAUGUCAAGCAACGAGUACAGCUGGCUCGCGAAGUAUCCGUGGAACAUGCUUGCCCAGAAGACGAGACUGGCGAAGGUGAUCUCAGGCAACGUGGUCGCAUGGGGCUCUAUGCUCAUGAUCACCGCCGCGUGUCACAAUUUCACGGGGAUUGCCAUCUGUCGCUUCCUACUCGGUAUCUUUGAGGCCCCCAUUACACCCUGCUUCAUGAUGAUUGUGACGAUGUGGUAUACUUGUGAGCAGCAGCCAUUCCGUGCCGGUGUAUUCUAUAGUUGCAACGGAUUGGGCGCUAUGGUGGGCGGCAUCUUGACCUAUGGGAUUGGUCAAAUCGAGACAAUCGCGGUUUGGCGAGCAAUCUUCCUCAUCCUAGGUGGCAUCACCGUGGCCUGGGGCGUUGUAAUGUUCUUGUUCCUUCCCGACGAUGUCAUCUCCGCAAAGAGGUUUACUUUGGAAGAAAAAGCUCUUCUCAUCGGCCGUAGUCGCCUAGGCCGAACUGGUGUGAUGAACUACCAGAUCAAAUGGUACCAGAUUCGGGAGGCGCUUGCCGAUGCCGAAGUCUGGAUUCUUUACACUUGGCAUUCCCCAGGCGCCUUUCAAAUCUUCUGGAUUCUGUCUGGCACAUUUCUUGCAUCUCGCGUGCGCAACUUUCACACAACUGUGAUGGUCAUGUACCUUGUCCCCACCAUCAUUGGUAUUUGUCUUCUUUGGAAGCUACCGCAUGAGACGCACAAGGUUGGCGUCUUAUUUGGCUACUACUUAAGCGGCGCAUACGUCUGUUCUUUGGUUCUGGCACUUCAAAUGCCGGCUACCAAUCGAGGCGGCUAUACGAAGAAAAGUACAGGUGUUGCUUUGGUCUUCUUUGCAUACUGUGCUGGGAAUGUGAUUGGACCUCAUGCAUUUUUGUCGAAGGAAGCGCCCAUCUAUGAAACCGGUUGCAGGGUCAUGCUGUCUUUCGCCGCAGCUCAAAUUGCCUUGGCAAUCUGCUUACGAAUUCUCUUAACGAGGAGUAACAGGCAGAGUGAUGCAGCAGCAGCCAGUAGUCAAGCUAUCGCCGACAUGUCAGAGUAUGAUGAAUUGGCGGAUUUGACUGACUUUGAAAAUCUGAACUUCCGAUACGUACUUUGA